UUUCAGAACUCCGUCCCACAGGACCCGUCUUUCAUUCCAACUACUAUAUCAAUCUAUUCUAUACUCUGUCAUAAAAUUAUCUGUUGGAUUUACUUCAUUCCGGUCCAUUCAAAAACUUUGGAUGAAAUUUGUCGAAGACUUCCAAACAAAUUCCAAGAACAUUUGAUAAAUUUACAAGAACACAACAGGUGACACGAUUGUAUACUCUAAACUUGGCUUUGAACACCGGCAAAAAGCUGACCAAUUUUAAGUUCAUCUACGGGUUAAACGAGUAGUUAUUUUUUUUAUAAAUAUAAAACCAAGUGCCUGAAAAUGUAUCUAAAACUUUUAAGUGCCCUCCUUUUCGCGCUCAUGUGCGCGAAAUUCGCGUCCGCUCAGGGAAGUGGUGAUUUCGAACUGACGAUCCUUCACUUGAAUGACUUCCAUGCGAGAUUCGAAGAAACAAAUGUCUAUUCUGGCAGGUGUACACCCGGUGACAAGGAAAAGAACAGGUGUUAUGGAGGAUUUGCAAGAGUGCACAGUAUUGUUUCUCAGUUGAGACAAUCGAUACCGAACGUACUGUUUCUCUCUGGGGGAGAUUAUUACCAGGGAACAGUAUGGUACAGCAUCCUCAAAUGGCCAGCACUUGCACAUUUCCUCAACAUCAUACAACACGACGCAAUGGCCCUCGGAAACCACGAGUUCGACGACGGGAUAUCAGGCGUCGUUCCGUUCCUGGAGAAGGUGACCUUCCCCAUCCUGGGAGCCAACAUAGACGACACGAAGGAGCCCUCCAUCCAAGGGAAGUACCAGAAGUCGGUGGUGGUCGAGAAGGGAGGCAGGAAGAUCGGCAUCGUAGGCUACCUCACUACCGAGACUUUGGUUAUUUCAAGUCCCGGUAAACUGGACAUCACCGACGAAGUGAAGGCAGUUCGCGAGGAGGCCAAGAGACUCAAAAGUCAAGGAGUGGACAUCAUCAUCGCUUUAGGACAUGCUGGAUACAGAAAGGACAUCAUGAUUGCCCAAGAGGUUGGAGAAGUGGAUGUGGUUGUCGGCGGACACACCAAUACUUUCUUAUAUACAGGAAAGGACCCUUCAACGGAGAUGAGCGUCGACCAAUACCCUUUCAUUGCCACCCAAAGCUCAGGGAAGAAAGUGCCCGUGGUGCAGGCCUACGCCUACGGGAAAUACAUCGGUAGACUUGACCUCACCUUCAACAACGCGGGGGAGGUCACGUCCUGGGGAGGGAAUCCCAUCUUGCUCGACAACUCAAUAGAACAAGACCCCAUGGUUUUAGAAGAACUGGUCCCCUGGCGGCAGAGAGUGAAAGAAAUCAGCCGGGAGGAGAUCGGCAAGACUUACGUCUUCUUGGACGGCCAGACGCUCUCUUGCAGGAUGCGAGAAUGCAACAUGGGCAACUUGGAGACAGAUGCCAUCGUCCACCAGAACGUUAAAUAUCCCGAUGACAUGUACUGGGCCCAUACAGCUUUGGCCGUCGUCAACAGCGGUGGAAUCCGGUCCUCUAUUGAUGAGAGGGUAUCCAACGGUACCAUAACCAUGGACGACAUCAUUACCAUAGCGCCGUUCCGCUCCACCAUCGACAUCGUAGAGCUCAGGGGAAUUCAUGUCAAACAGAUGUUCGAAUAUGCCGUAGUCAACUACGACCCCAAAGGAUUGGAUCCUCGCGGUGGAUUUCUGCAAGUCUCGGGUUUCGUGGUGGUCUACGAUAUCAACCUGCCACCUGGUUCGAGGCUGGUGCGACUCCAGGCAAGAUGCGCUAAAUGUCGUGUUCCCGAGUUACGAGACGUGGUUGACGACGAAGUCUACAAAAUAGCCAUGCCUUCCUUCUUGGCUUCAGGAGGAGACGGCUUCAGUGUCAUUAAAGACAACAAACUGAAUCAUCAUCUCACGGGUCUCCUAGACACAGCCGUGUACUCCGACUACGUCAGGACAAUGAGCCCCAUCCACCAGGGUCUGGAGAACCGCAUCCUCUUUAUAGACAGCAACGACCUGUGCCCGGGUAUGAACACUUUCACAUUCCCUCCACACACAAACUACACAGUGGACGUUACAACCAACCAACCGCCUCACGACAGGAACGCAGCUCAAAUGCGAACGGGAACGACCCUUAUGGUGAUGGUAAUCGUAACUUUGGUGACGGGACUACUUCGUUAACUAAUAGUGGUGAUGAAAUUGAUCUUAGCCGUUCUAAUUAUCUAGAUUUAUAUUUACUUUCCAGCCGGGAAGUUAACUGGAAAACAAUGGUGCUCCUAAACUGUGGUAUGUGUUAUGGUUAAAUCUCACGUAUGAAAUGGCAUCACGUCCCCUUCUGCCAGAAGUGGUCAGAAGCUGUGAGCCCUCAAUUUGGAGACAAAUGGUCAAGAAUGGUAAUUCUUGAAAUCUGUUGUCAACUCAAUGCGAAUGUGGUCGUGGAAGAAGUCUGAAUUCUCGGCAAUACCAAGAACAUUUCCCUUGUGAAAUGGAAAUGUUUACAUGAGAUGAGAUGUGUAAAAUGUAAAGAUAUUUCUCCCAUCACAGGGGAACAUAUCUGUCCAUUCUCAGACACAAAUAUCUGGAAUUGGUUACGGAGGAAGGGCAUUACCUAAGCGUUUUGUCUGAGAACUGUAUAAAUGUACCCAGUCCGUGUGUGUUCUCAAAUGAUAUCCUGUCUGUGAAUUGCACGAGGAUAUCCUAGUGGACAAAUGAGAAAUAUUCCAUACGUGCACUGCGAAUAAAGACCAAAGGUGCCACCCUCAUACAAAUUUGUAUAGGUUGGGCAGAUUUUUUCCCGAUUUGUCAUAUAUACAGCUGUAACACAUACUUUCACAGCCAGAAAGAUAUGCAUGGUUGUGUGAAUAACAAGCUAUAUACAUCCUAAAGCAUAAUCAGUAUUAAGAAACUAUUUUUGUACGUUUAUGUUUAAGGCAUUACGCGUCGCCCUGAGGGGCAAUAUAAAUUUCUUGUGGGCCAAAGGCUCUGAGAAAUAUCUAAUGGCUGUUCUGGAAAAUCGUCCUGGACGAAACAUUUUUUUUUCCAAAUAUCUUAAUUCCUAAUAUAAAAGUAACACUGAAAAUGUUAGCAACGUCAGAUAAUAAUACCUACAGGAUAUACAUGAAUACUUCAUUCCUGUGUGCAAAAAGUGCAGAGAUAACUUACUGCCUGUAAAACUACCGGAACAGACAAGGUUGCCUUAUCAGACUGUAAGGGCAAAGUAGUAGCUCACAAUAUCACAAUGCAUCUUACUUUUAGCCAUUGCAGAUCGAUUCAUAGUUCAGGUAUUCAGGCUAAUACGUAUAUUUUUUUUAUGAUAACGUGCCUUAUAUAUCAUACAGUAAAAACAAAAAUCAGAAAUAUCAGUCACAGCAAAAACAUUCCUUUUAUGUUUCUGAACCACUAGUACCUCUAACAUUGUGUGUACAACGUUAGUGAGAAACAAUGAAGUACUUUGUAAUCCAAUAUUCUAUGUGGUCUCUAACCUAAAAGGAAACUGUUUCUUUGCAUUUACAAAAUUUAUAAUUUUCAAAAUUCAUUAUAUUUUCCAUGAAGAGUAUAUUUUAUGACCGUGUCAUACAUAAAUGCUAAUACACAUCCAUUUGCAUGCAGACACACACACAAAAAACACUAAGCAAGGGGCCAAAACAUAAUAGGUAAAAUUUCUGUAUAUUAAUUCUAUUUACUUAUAUAUUCCAUAAAUAUAUUUAUUUGUUAUAUAAAGUUCUUAAAGUUCGUAAAUAUGUAACCAUGAUUGUGAUUAUAGUAGUACUAGUAAAGAGUGAUUCUAUAGUCUUGUGUGUAAAAAUGUAUAACAUUUCUUUGCAAGUUGCACAGACACUCCACUAACAGAGCUAAAUAGGUUACUUUUAGUUGUUAAAUAGAGUCACACGUUACAUCUUACAGAUCUGAUGAUGUCGACAACUGCUGUUGUGUUAUAUAGGACAGAUAAAAGACAUAGCGUAUAAGUACUACGGUGUUUUAAGGCUUCGAAGCUCUUCUGGCCUUUCUUCACACCAAAGGCCAGUACACUAACAGUGGGCAUGUUACGACUGAAAACGGAAGUGAUGUCUUCAACUCUUCAACUACCAUUAUUUGCUUCUAUAUUAUAAUAUCUAACAUACCAGGAGGAAACCUUAAAAUUGUAUAAAACGAUUCAAUAACAGGUUUCAGAAGGUUUCUGCAAUUGGUACACAUUUAAACAAAAUUGCGCAAAAAUUCUGUUCAGAUAUAUCUUACGAAAAUCUUGCAAGACGUUCAGGUCAAUUAAAAAAAAAGGCGAAAAAAAAUCGGGAAUGAAGGGUAUUCUGGCAAUUCAAAAGAUUAGACCCUUCCGCUUUCAGAACUAACUAGCCCACUGCUUUUAAACAUAGUUAUCAUAUUGAAAGGUGAUUUUGGCGCCGUAAACAAGCCGUUAUAAAUAUUAUUAGGGAGUGUCAUUUCAUGUAUGCUCUGAUACUUGAUUACAUUUGCACGAGUCUCAGGUACAUCACGCCCAAACUUUGUAAACAUGUAUUGAAAUUUAUAACCGGGAGAGUGGUAACUUGAAUGGUCAAUGAUACUCAAUUAUCAAUCUCAAAGCGCCAUACACAAACAUGGCAUUAUGAAAAGGUACUAUUAAUCUAACCACAAAAUGAAAUUUUACAUGGGUGCCAUAACUACCGUGAUCAUGUCUCAAUGGGCACAAACUGGCUGCCUUAAGUGUGUGUACACAUAUUUUCCUAUCUUUUAAUUUAUUCAGGUUAACAGUGUCUUUUAUGAGAUGUACAAAACAGCUACUAACUAUUAAACUGGGACAAUGCAAACUUAAAUGAAAAACAGUCUUCAUUUUUCCAGUUCAAAUAAGACUUCAUUUCUUCUAAAUACAAACGUAAUUUUCCUAAUCAAACUUCAAACAUUCGAACGGUGCUAUAAGAUUAGGAAAAGGUUCAACAAAUUAAAAAAUUGAAAAUAUACAGUAUGACUAAAAAUCUCAACAUUAACCAUACAUUUAAAAUAGUAACUAUCUUUGGGUUACCAACAAUCAUCAGAAAAAUGUUAUAUCAGUAAUGCUGGUAGCUGUUUUAUUUUAUAACUUAUAUCUAUAUAUACAUAAAUAUAUAUACUUAUAUUUACAUCAUAUACAUACUAUGUACAUAUCUGCAAAUACCAUCAUAAGUAUCACGUAACUACAUUUACUCAUGCAAAUUUAUGUUUAGUAUAGUAUAUGUUAGAAGGGGCACUAUUUAACAAGGUUCAAUAAACCGUUUGUAAAUACCUAAAAAAAAUAUUGAAGAAAACAGAUAUUUUUGUUAAAGCAAUUGUCAUUGUUUGUCAAUAGGAACAUGUUGAUACACAAUUAUAUUUAUAUAUACGAGU